AUGCAAGACCUCGAGAGUCAACGUACUUCAAGCGAUGAAAAAACAUUAACCGGGCCCGUCGACCCUCCGUCUAUCACCGAUUCGAAUAAGACAGACGCAGCACCGCAACCCGCAGAGGAUGGAGAGGAGAGCAAAGCCGAAGAAAGUGCAAGCACUGCAGAACUCUAUCCAUUAACAGACCUCGACAAAAGCAUCGUCGGCUGGGACGGACAAGAUGAUCCUGCAAACCCUCAGAACUUUUCGGAAACUCGCAAAUGGGCGCUAUUAGCGCUCAUGAGUUCCAUGACGUUAAUCUCGCCUUUGGCGUCCAGCAUGUUCGCGCCGGCAGCAUCAAAUGCGGCGGCUGAAUGGAAGGUGACGAAUGAGACGUUGCUUUCGUUUAGUGUCACUAUUUUCUUGAUGGGAUAUGUGGUCGGAACCCUAUUCCUAGCGCCUCUGAGCGAAAUCUACGGCCGCAGAAUCGUCCUCAGCUGCGCAAACUGGUUCUUUGUCGCAUGGCAGAUUGGAUGUGCCCUCUCCCCCAACAUAUCAGCACUCAUCAUAUUCCGAUUACUCGCCGGUAUUGGUGGAGCUGGCUCUAUCACUUUAGGUGCAGGGGUCAUUGCAGAUUUAUUUCCACUGCGAGAACGUGCAAAAGCAACCGCGCUUUGGAGUAUGGGACCUUUGCUUGGACCCGUCGCUGGUCCGAUCUGUGGUGGAUUUAUUGGUGAAACAGUUGGGUGGCGAUGGGUGUUUUGGGUAUUGCUGAUUGCAGCGGGUUCGUUGGCAGCGGGUAUUGAGGUAUUGAACCGCGAGACGUAUGCGCGUGUUCUCAUUCAAUGGAAAACCCGCAAAAUGGCAAAGGAGCUUGGUCGGGAUGAUUUGCGUAGUGGUUAUGAGACUGGAGAGCAACACCGUCCAAGCCAAGUGUUGAUACAAGGACUCAAGCGGCCGGUGGUUUUGUUUUACAAGUCCCCUAUCGUCUUUCUGCUGUCGAUAUACAUGAGUCUGGUCUACGGAUUACUUUACCUGUUCUUCACCACCAUUCCUACCGUGUUCGAGACGCAAUACGGGUUCUCUCCCGGACUGGCAGGUCUCGCCUAUCUCGGUAUAGGCGCAGGUUUCUUUCUCGCUGUGCUGAUUGUUGGUCUGACCAACGACCGAAUCGUGUCCAAACUGAUGGAGAGAAACGGCGGUAAGUACGAGCCUGAAAUGCGGCUGCCAAUGAUGAUUUUCUUUGCCGCCGUUGCACCCAUCAGUUUCUUCUGGUACGGCUGGUCAGCGGACAAACAUGUCCACUGGAUUGUCCCUAUCAUUGGCAUGUUUCCGUAUGGCCUGGCUAUGAUGGGGUUGUUCGUGCCUACUCAGACAUAUGUCAUUGAUUCAUAUCAGAUGUACGCUGCGUCAGCAGGAGCAUGUUUGACCGCCACGCGCUCGUUGUUCGGCGCCUUGCUGCCACUGGCUGGGCCACAGAUGUUCAAGGCGUUGGGUUUGGGAUGGGGCAAUUCGUUGCUCGGGUUCUUGGCACUGGCAUUUGUGCCAAUUCCGAUCUUCUUCACGAGGUAUGGCAAGGUGAUCAGGGAGAAGUAUCCUGUUGAUCUGGACAAGUACUAGACCGGGGUUUGGUUCGGGUCGAUCGUGACCUGAUGGCUGGUGGCCUGACGGGCGGUCUGACAUCAUAGACAAUUUUUCAAGCUUUCAAUAUCAGCCCAUCUAUUAUUAAUGUCAGCCACCGUCAAGGAGCUGAACUGUUUCAAUAUAAAAAGGAGGUC